AUGGACACUGUACUACAAAUUCCAAAUACGGGAUCAUUCCUUCUCAAGGAUGCCGAAAACGGGACCAUGAGCAUCCAACUUAAUCCUAGGUCCUUCACUAUUCUUAGACAGGCCAUAAUUGACGGUACUAGCCUUCCUGGAAACUCACCAGAUUUUGAGAAUCGGUUCAAUCGAGGGGCGCUUCAGAUCUUUCUUGAGAGGGAUCCAGCCGUGUACGAUUUCGCUCUUGAAGUCUUUGUUACGAUACACCAAAAUUGUAAUGAGUUCAAACAGGUCGCUCUUCACGACUUGCCACAAAUUGGCGAGUACACACCUAAGCAUGGUUUCUUGGGUCACGACUUAUUAACCAGGCAUGCGCUAGCCCAGGAUGGCACCCAGGAUCCAAGAAGUGCCCUGGUAGAGCUACUUGAUCGGCUUGAAGACUUGAGCCGAGACGCGAGUAAUCUUUCGGAACAGAGCGCUACAAUGAACCGGCAUAUCCAAGAAUUCAAAGUCAACACAAGCGGAAACUAUGGAGAGGUCAAACGGCUCACUAAACACUGGGAAAGAGCCAAAAUGUCAGACGAAGAGUGGCACAUGAGAGUUGGGGCGAAAAUUAAGGAAAUGGAGAAUGAAAUGGCAGCUCUAGAUCAGAAAGCCACUGACUUGGACCGUCAGUAUAAAACAGCCCCUUCAGAAGACACACCUGUCUGGAGCUUUAUGAAAGGCAUAAACGAUGCCUUAGCAAGCACAUUCAACAUCAAAAACGAUAUCCUCCGCAGUCGAGAAAUGCUUGAGAGGGAUCUUAAAAACUUGGAAAGAAGAUAUCACGAGCUCUCCGAUGAAAGCAAACAACAGGAGCAAAAGUUUUCCGAAGCAGACGGGAGCAUCAAAACACUCCAAAACAGUAUGCACGAUCUUUGCGAUCAUUCCCUAGAGGUUGCAACGGCUAUUGAGGAUGUCAACAAGGCCGCAUCCAGACUUGUAACAGACAACGAGUACCUAUCGCAAAAGCUACAGUACCUCCAUGAUGACAUUGAGGACGACUCUAAGCUUGAAAAAAAGCUAGGUAAGGUGUUGAACUCGAAAAGGGAGGAAAUCACCGAAUGUCACACUAUUUGGUCGCUCUAUUAA